CCGUUACGUUAUGUAAAUGUGCAUUUGUUAUGCUGGACCAAGACACUUGAAAAUUUUCGAGCCACAAUCAGCUGACUUGAGCGGGGUAUUUGUGCGUCUUCAUCCAAUGAUGGAGAAUCACUUUAGACCAUCAGACUACUUACCGCAUAAUAUUCGCAAUGUAUCUUCUGAAUGCGAUAAUGUGCAAAACUUGCGUAGUAAGCACAGACGAAUGCGUUCUGAGGGGUCUGCCUGUCUCGUUUCAUCAUCUUCCUGUGACCCUUUGAUAUCAAACCAGACCGACACAGACUGGAUACCACUGUCUGGUGUGAGAAAACGAAAUUUGCCGGAGUCAUGCCUGCCCAGUGAUUCUUCAAACCAACUAACAACCACUACCUUUACGCCGCAACUGUCUUGGGAUCUAAAUUCUUCCGUUACAGACCUAAAAUCAUUAUCUGCCCCCAAAGCAAACCACUCUCCUUUGUGUGCACAUCGAAGAUCUGCUAGUUAUGGUGGUGAUUACUUUACUUUUGCAGCCCACGGGAUUGGAGAGGCCGCUAGCAGAGCUGUAGAACAAGCAGAAGAAUUGGUUAUCCACCUUUGGAAAAAAGGUUGGAGAGUAGUUCACCACCAUAGCUUACCACACUGGUUAAGAGAUAAUGAUUUUCUUCUUCGGGGUCACCGACCACAACUACCGUCAUUUCGCGAAUGCUUCCGUUCUAUCUUUCGGCUCCAUACGGAAACAGGAAAUAUUUGGACACAUCUCAUCGGCUUCAUUUGUUUUCUGGUAUUAAGUAUCUUAUUUCUAGUUCACCCGGAUCUAAAUAUACAUUGGCAAGAGAAAAUGAUCGUACAGGUAUUUUUUAUAAGCGCCAUCCUCGCACUUGGUUUUUCAUGGUUGUUUCAUACAGUUUACUGCCAUUCGGAGCGUGUUGGUAAAUUAUUCAACAAAUUGGAUUACGUUGGAAUAUCAUUACUUGUUAUCGGAUCAUUCGUCCCUUGGAUUCAUUAUUCUUUCUAUUGUUAUUUUCCGUUUAAAGUUGUUUAUAUUUCGGCUGUGUUGAUACUUGGUGGAUUUUGCGCCUUUGUAUGUACUCAAGAUUAUUUUCUAAGACCAACGUAUCGUUCAGCUAGAGCACUUUUGUUUAUUGCUCUUGGUCUGUCGGGAGUGAUUCCAUGUGUACAUUAUAUUAUGAUAGAAGGUUUUCAAGAAGGUGUCAAUUAUUCUGCACUUGGAUGGCUAGUUCUUAUGGCUGUACUUUAUAUAUCCGGAGCUACUAUUUAUGCACUACGUAUACCUGAACGUCUUUAUCCUGGUAAAUUCGACAUUUGGUUUCAAAGUCAUCAAAUAUUUCAUGUAUUUGUUGUAUUAGCUGCCUUAGUACAUUUGAAUGGUAUUAUGGAAAUUGCUCAAUAUCGAUUAAGUAAAGGUAGUUGUGAUAAUCAACUUUAAAAUCAACUACUACCACCUACCAUCUCUUAUUAUUCAGUUGUUGUUUUUUGUUUUUUCUUUUCUAAAUGACUAACUAUUCCUACUUGUUCUCAGCAAACACAUCAUCAAUAUCAACAUCAACAUCAUCAUCUACAUCUAUGCAUUCGUACUACAAUGUGGUUGUUUUGUUUUUUUACUUUACUUCUUCUUCAUGUAGUGUUAGGAUCAUUGAUCCAUCCAAUCAAGAAUGUGUGUGUGUGUGUGUGUGUGUGUG